CGGUUAAGAGGGUUACAACCACAUGCUACGCGUACCAGAAACCUCGUUCGCUAAACACCUCUGUUCAAGCAAUCCAGAUGUAUUACACUACUUGUCUACCUUAAGGUAUCUCGAUGAAAGCAACUUGCACAUUCCCAGCGCAGGUGUGAUACGCCGGCUCAAACAAACCUUACGACACCGCUGUCAUGCUACGACAAGCCGCAGUUAGGCUGCGCUUCCUCCUCGUAUUUCGUACCCAGCCCCGGUCGAUCAUUGGCACUGUCCCCAGACCGAGGUACUGUAUCACGUACGCAAGUCUGGGGAAAUGGUAGGACAACCCCAGAUUUAAGACAGGCUGGUCGUAUUCUGGCUGGGUGUGUCGUAUGUUAGACUCCCUCCUAGGUCUCGAAUUGACGGUUGGUGGUGAUACUGCUGAACUACUAGUACUUCUGCCUGGCUUCGACUGCUCGACACUAAAGCAGGCCAGAGUCUCGGGAUCUUAAAGGUUGUACUGUCCUUAGGAUAGGCCCCAAAGCUCAUAUUCUCCGUUGUUAUCCUCCCUCUCUUUCAAAUACUCACCUUGCUCUUGUUCUUGCUCAAAAAUGUCGGUCUUCGCUCCUCCCCGGGAGGGCAUCACGCUCGAAUACCUCUUCCGACCAGUUCAAGGUAUACUAUUGCAACCACUGGUUACCGCAGGUCUUCUCCUGGCAAGCCUGAAGAAGCCCGAAGAAACGCAGAAAUACCUGUCAAUAUUUACCAGAAGCACAGUAGCACUGCCGAGAUUCAAGCUAGCGCUCAAGGUUCUAUUGGCCGCCGGACUCGUGUACAGACUGAACAGAUGGCUCAGUCGUAAGGCCGUCAACAAUUUCGUGACUGAUAGGACGUGGGACUGGCGAAAGGAGAUCGUGGCCAUCACCGGCGGUAGUAGUGGGAUCGGAAAGGAGAUGGUGCGGCUUCUGGCCGACCGUGGCAUCAAAGUGGUCAUUCUCGACCUGAGCCCUCCGCAAAUGCCUGCUCGCGCCAACAUCUUCUUCUACAAGCUGGACGUGACUUCGCCCAAGGAAGUCCAAGAGGUCGGGCGCAGGAUCCGUGAAGAAGUGGGCGACCCGACAGUUUUGAUCAAUAAUGCCGGGGUUGGGCCCUGGAAAACGAUUCUCGAGGAAUCGCACGAAGUACUGCAGCAGACAUUCCAAGUGAAUGUUGUUUCGCAUUUCGCGCUGAUCAAGGAAUUCCUCCCGCAUAUGAUCGCUCGCAAUCACGGCCAUGUGGUGACGAUUGCAAGCAUGGCCAGUUUCGUGACGAUCUCGGGGAAUGUCAGCUACUCCGCGACGAAAGUGGCAGCAUUGGCUCUUCACGAAGGUUUGGCUCAGGAAUUGAAGAGCAGGUAUGGGGCGAACAAAGUUCGAACUACGUGUGUCCAUCCGUGGUGGAUCAGAACGCCACUUCUUCAACCUCUGUUGAACGCUGGAAAGUGGAAAGAGUUUACCCUGGAACCGGAGACGGUGGCUGAAGCGGUGGUUUCACAAGUCCUCAAAGGCGAGAGCGGCCAGUUGAUCAUUCCGGCCCGCCUUGGACUCGCGGCUGGGGUUAGAGGCUGGCCGAGCUGGCUCCAGGAGGUGGUUUGGUGGUCGAACUCCAAGGUCCUUGACAUACCACAUUGAUGUCCGACGGAUGCUCGAAUAUGUGUUACAGGGAUACUCUAUGGUACGGAGUUUGGAGUUAUUUAACAAUUCUGCAGGAGUGCCCUGCUGAUAUGUCACACUUCCUUCCC